AUGCUCAAGUCCGAAGACGAUGAAUCGAGCGACGCUCGCCUCCUCAUCAAGGCUCGCGACAGCUACAAUGUCAAACUGGUUCCAAUUACCAUCCAGCAUAGAGAUAAUGCGGAUUCGACCUGGGCCGAUUCCUUUACCAAGCUCCUCGCUUUCAACCAGACUCAAUACAGCCGCGUACUCUCGAUCGACUCCGACUCUAUGCUCCUUCAACCAAUGGAUGAACUAUUCCUUCUACCUUCAGUCCCAGUAGCCAUGCCCCGAGCUUACUGGCUGUGGCCCGACAAGGAGAUCCUUUCAUCCCAAGUCGUCCUCAUUGAGCCCUCCGACGUCGAGUUUAAGCGCAUCCAAGACAAGAUCGAAGCUGCCUCGGGCGACGACUACGACAUGGAGAUUGUCAACUACCUCUACCGCGACAGCGCCCUCGUUCUACCCCACCGCCGCUAUGAUCUGCUCACGGGAGAAUUCCGCGGCGACAACCACUCAAAGUACCUCGGCUCCGACGUCGAGGUUUGGGAUCCAGCUGCUGCCUAUAGUGAGGCCAAGCUCGUCCACUUUUCCGACUGGCCAUUGCCAAAGCCUUGGCUUCCCACGCCGGAAGACAUUCGCAUCAAGAUACAACCCGACUGCAAGAACACGACAGAGGGCCUUGAGGACUGUACGGCGAGGAUAAUAUGGAAUUCCUUCUACACUGACUUUAAAACGAAGCGAGAGGUAACGUUCUCUGAUAAUUACAGUCUGUCUCGAGUCUAA